AAAUAACGGGGCCACUCUCUAACCCGAAAUGAAGACCGAGCCGGCAAGCCCGCCCGGGCUUCUGAUAUCCGCCACCGAAGGCAUCAGAUCAUUCCUGUUCACGGCCUCCGAAGAUCCGCACCUCACGCCGGAACUCCGACAGAUCGCGUCGGAUCUCUCCUCGCAAGGAAAUGUGCCGUACAAGUCGCUCCGAGCUCUCUGGUUCGCGUCCCGGCCCUCCACUCGACCCGUCUUGAUCCAACUCUUUUCCGGGUCCGAAUUCAUCUUCACCAGCCCCAAACCUAGAGAGAAGAGCGAAGAAUUGAAGGCAAGGCUGAGAAAGCUUGCGGAAUUAGCGGAGAGGAAUGCGUAUCAAGAGCUCGUUAAGGAUAUUACACCGAAGAAGGAUGCGACUGAGCCUUUCUCUUCUUACAAGGAUCAACUAGGCUUCGGUUUACAUGUUGUGGUUAUGAUGUUUACCACCUAUUUGGUUGGAUAUGCUGCAUUCAGAGCGUUAUUUAACCACAGUCCUGCUAUGAAUGCUGCUGGAGGCAUUCUUGGAUUGGUUGGUGGCAUGCUUGUAGAAACACUUCUUUUUAUAAUUAGAACUUCCAAUCAAGAUCAUAGAUCAUCAUCUUCUGCUUCCAAACUAAAGAAGAAUCAAUAGAAUUGGUCUUAAGAGAUUGGGCACUUCUUCUAUUGUGUUAGUGUGUUCCAUCUCAUUUAUAAAGAUCUUUUGAUAAUAUUGUUGAACAGUUCACUUACAAUUUCCCAUGGCAUGUAGCUCUCUUUAUUUGCAAGGGUAUUUAAGCUGUGCAGAGAAAUCAACAACAAUAUAUGGACGCAUAGAUCUUGCCAUCUCCCUGAGUCUAUUUCUGGUGUGUUGUCUUCUUUUCAUUCCUCCUUCCUUGAGCUUGUAAUUGAAUGUAUAUAGGCAUAAGAAAAGCUGUUUCUCUAUUAUUUUGAUUUCUGGUAUAUGCCCCCUAUGCCUUUGUAUUUUGUCUCUCUUUGGUAGGUGAAUUUGCUUACUUCAAGCCUUCUGUAGUGCUAAGUUCAGUCUAUUCCAGUGAAUCUUUGCAUUUGA